UGCUUUGUAGGUCCAAUGUAGGGCAAGAAUGUCAAACUUUAUUUUAGUGAGGAAAAUGAAUUGUUUUAUUCCAGGAAAUGAAUUACCUUGUGUUGCAGCAACUUUCCUCAAAAUCCUUAUCCGAAAAUGAAGAAAGCUCAAAAAGCUGAGAAUAUGUAUCUCAAAUCUCGUAAAUCUGAUUUUUUCUUCAUAUUAUUAUUCUUAUACACCCUUCCUAUGGGGUUACUUGUUCCUUUCACCAUGACUGCAGCAAUUGAUGAUGGCAACAUCCAUUUCAAUUUGACAGAUUUCACCCCAAAUAUGCCUCACGUAGAGUUUGAAGCUGAUACAACCGCAUCAGGUGGCCAAAUCCAACUCACCACCAACCAGAUAAACAAGGCUUUAAACGAUAGUGUUGGUCGAGCCACUUAUUACCAACCAAUGCACCUUUGGGACAAUUCAUCAGGGAAUCCCCGACUUGCAGAUUUCACCACUCAUUUUUCUUUCUCCAUCGAUUCCUUGAAUAAGUCCUCCGGAUAUAGGGGUGAUGGGUUUGCGUUUUUCCUUGCUCCCGAUGGCUCAAAAAUCCCUCCUAACUCCGGAGGUGGUUGCUUGGGACUUCAAAGUUGCGAUAUAGACGCCAACUCUAAAUUUGUUGCAGUGGAAUUUGAUACGUUUCCCAAUGUAUGGGAUGAUCUGAGGUUAGAUCACGUGGCCAUUGAUCUCAACUCUGUAAAGGCUUCAUUCCACCCUGUCGAAUGGCUGUGGAGUGAUAUUGAAAAUGGGGGUAAAGUUGAUGCUUUCAUCACUUACAACUCUAGUACAAAAAACCUGAGUGUCUUUUUACUUGGUGCUGAGGACUUUAAUCGUCUAAAUUCAUCUGCUCUUUCUGCAAUAUUGGAUCUUAGUCAAUAUUUACCAGAAUGGGUCACUUUUGGCUUCUCCGGAGCCACUGGAUCUAGCAUUGAGCUACACACUAUUUAUUCCUGGAGUUUCAGCUCCAACUUACAAGUUUCCAUGAAUAAAACCAUCAAUCCUCCAAAUGUGGCGCCAGGCCCUCCAAUUAACCCCAAAAGGAAGAGCAAGACAUGGCUAUGGGUAGUUCUAGCCAUUGCUGGUGGCAUUUCUGCAUUGCUCCCAGUUCUGAGUCUGGUUUGGCUUUUCUGUAGGAGGAGAAAGUACAGAAGGAUGAGGGAAGAUGGGACCAUGCCUGUCAACGUAGACGUGGAAAUGAUGACAGCACCUAGGAAGUUUUCCUACAGGGAACUCAGGCUUGCAACCAAUAAUUUUGCCGAUGAAGGUCUCCUUGGAGAGGGAGGUUUUGGAAAAGUUUAUUUAGGCUUCUUGAGGGACAUCAAUUCCAAUAUUGCUGUCAAAAGGAUAACUCCAAAUUCUCAACAAGGGGUGAAAGAGUACGAAUCCGAAAUUACCACUAUUAUCAAAUUGAGGCACAGGAAUUUGGUCCAACUCAUCGGUUGGUGCCAUGACAAUAAGGAGUUCCUCAUUGUGUAUGAGUUCCUUCCAAAUAGGAGUCUCGAUUACCAUCUACAUAGAGAGCCAUGCUUGUUGACAUGGGAUACAAGGUAUAAAAUCGCCAUGGGAGUGGCCUCAGGGUUGUUUUAUCUGCAAGAAGAAUGUGAUCGAUGCGUGCUGCAUCGAGACAUCAAGUCAAGUAAUGUUCUGCUAGAUUUUAGUUUCAAUGCCAAGCUUGGUGACUUUGGGCUGGCUAGGCUUGUUGACCACGGACAAGGGUCUCAAACAACAAAAUUGAUCCUUGGAACUGAUGGUUAUAUAGCACCCGAGUGUCUUGAGACAUACAAAGCCAUUAAGGAAUCCGACAUAUACAGCUUUGGUAUUGUUGCCUUAGAAAUAGCCUCCGGAAAGAAGGCCGUAGAUGUAAUUGAAAGGAAUGGCAAGAGAUUCAAGACAAAACUGGUGGAAUGGGUUUGGGAAUUGUAUAGGGAAGGGCGUCUUUUGGAUGCUGCUGACCCAAGAUUGUCUGGAAACUACGACACGGAACGAAUGGAACGGUUGCUUUUAGUUGGGAUGGCUUGUGCUCACCCAAACUAUUUUGACCGUCCAUCCAUAACGAAUGCUAUUGAAAUCCUUGGUUCCAAGGCCCCACUGCCCAGUUUACCACGCGAGAUGCCGGUUCCAAUAUACAUUGCAGCUCUGCAAGACAACAUCUUUACAUCUUCAGCAUCCACUUCAUCUUAUACCAGUGCCUCCAACAGAAGCCAAACUCAAAGUUCAGGCACUGGGUCAAGUAUCCAUUCCUUUAAGGAUAAAACAAUGGCUCCAGGUUAUGACACGGAAGCCAAGCAUUGAAUUCUUGGCAGUUGGUAGUUCGAACCUUCUUUUGUUGUAUAUUUGGCUUCUUGUUUUCGAGUUUUGAUGCUUUGGUGAAAAUUUUGUUCUCACCUUAAUAUUAGUAGGUCAUAUCAUGUCUAUC